AUGGCUGAUGCACACCACCAAGACCCAGAGGAGUUCUAUGUUAAGCAGGACAGGAUAGGAAAGGGAUCCUUUGGCGAGGUUUACAAAGGAAGACCGGUGGCAAUCAAGAUAAUUGAUCUCGAAAGCGCAGAGGAUGAGAUUGAAGACAUACAGCAGGAGAUCCAAAUACUCUCCCAGCUCGACUCGCCGCAUGUCACAAAAUACCACGGAUCUUAUCUAAAAGGAUCUAAUCUCUGGAUUGUCAUGGAGUAUUGUUCUGGAGGAUCGUGUUCUGACCUGAUGAAACCGGGCGUAUUCCGAGAAGAAUAUAUUGCCAUCAUUGUGCGCGAACUUCUUCGAGGGUUAGAGUAUCUUCAUAGUGAGGGUAAACUCCAUCGUGACAUUAAAGCUGCCAAUAUCCUUCUGUCCGCGGGUGGCGAAGUCAAACUCGCCGAUUUUGGGGUUUCCGGUCAGCUGUCAGGAACGCUCUCCGCGAAGAAAAAUACCUUCGUAGGUACGCCAUACUGGAUGUCCCCGGAAGUCAUCAAGCAGAGUGGAUAUGACCACAAAGCGGACAUCUGGAGUCUUGGUAUCACCGCAAUUGAAUUAGCUAAGGGAGAACCACCCUAUGCAGAGUUGCAUCCGAUGAAGGUCCUUUUCUUAAUUCCAAAAAAUCCACCGCCAAUGUUGGAAGGCAAUUUCUCCAAGCCGUUUCGGGAAUUCGUUUCAUUUUGUCUCCAGCGGGACCCUCAGCACCGGCCCUCUGCUCGUGACCUCUUGAAGCACAAGUUCGUUCGAAUGGCGAAGAAAACUAGCUAUCUGACAGAACUCAUUGAGCGCCACGAACGAUGGAGGGCUGAUGGAGGUGGCCGCAUGGAUGACGAAGAACAAGAUAUGGUUCCUGAUCUGCCAACAAGCGGCGACCCCGAGGAUCUGUGGGACUUCGGCACCGUUCGGCAUGCAAGUGGACGCCCUGCCACCAUAGGACGGGCAAUACCCAACUCAGGCCCGCCUCUGACCUGGGAGAAUGAUGGCUCAGUACGGUCUGAUGCUGAAUCCUCUUUCAGCCGUAGGUCUGGGAUCCCACUUCCUAAUACUCCUCAUACGCAGCGUAAGUAUGACCGGCAAGCUACCGUGCGUCACGCACCUCCGCCUCCACCGGAGAAUGGAUCCAAGUUGGCUCAUCACCCUGUGCAACGCGAGCCCUCGGAUGAAUACGACGAUGAUCAAGAUAGUCAAUAUGCAUCUUAUGCCAAUAGUGAACCCGAUGUGAUAGAGGAGAAGCUGGCCCAGGCUCAGUUGGAGGAUGACGUGCCGGAUACGACCAUGUUGGAUUCUGUAAUCUUACCGGCUAUCGCUUCGGCUCGAGUCGCUCUGAGUGCCCUCCAGCGAGCAUUUACCCAUGCAGAGAGAGUCAUACCUGGAAUGACGAUGGAGCUCGUGAACGAGAUCGUCGAUUCCGUUGAGCAUGUUGAUGAUGACAGAUAA